UCAAGACAACCCUUUGUUACAACUUCACAAACAUUUAAGAAUAAACUUAGAUCUAGUUUAAUUCAAAUAUUUCAACUCCUUUCUUUCUAUUUGCCAAAUACAAUACACUGCAUCUUUCCAUUCUCAUCGUUCUCUAUCUAUAUUCCUGUUACACCUACCUCUCAAUCAAAUAAUUGCCAUCUCAUUUGAAUCCUCACAAUGGGUCUAUUUUCACGAAAAGACAAGAACGCCUCUCCUGCUCCGGCAGCGAACCCUUAUGCCACUCCACAACCUCAAGCCGACCCUUACGCACAAGACAAUAAUAAGUCUGCGAAUAUGCCGGCUCAACCAACUCAAUCUCCAUAUCAAUCAGCCAGACAACAAUAUACUGCUCCAGGGGCUGCAGGUGCCUCUAAUGGUGGUUUGCCAGGUGCUCCUCGAGGUGGAAUGGGUGGCCCUAGUCCUCGAGCGCCAGCUCCAAAUGGUGGCGGAUACGGAUCUGAGAAAUUCGGAAAUGGUGGUGGAUAUGGCGCAAACAGAUACGAUGGCCCUGCCGCCAAUUCGGGAUCAAAAUAUGGUCCUUCUGGUUAUGGUGGUUUAGGACGAACCAACAGUAACGAUACAGCUACGACAGAAGACAACAAGAAUGAAUUAUUCGGUGGCGCUAAGGAUAGAUAUGUGCAAAAGGCAGCUACUGGUUCCGAGCGACCACCUCCUCCAUAUGGUGCUCAGUCAGAUGCUGGUCCAUCAACUGGAGGUGGAUAUGGGGCAUAUGGAGAAGAAAGACAACUUACUGCCGAAGAAGAGGAAGAGGAAGAUGUUCAAGCGACAAAGGCUCAAAUUAGAGCCAUGAAGCAAGAGGAUGUUUCAUCUACUCGAAACGCAUUGAGAAUCGCGGCCCAAGCUGAAGAAACUGGCCGUGCUACCUUGGCUCGUCUGGGUGCACAAGGAGAACGUAUCCACAAUACCGAGAAGAACUUGGAUCUUGCUGCCAAUCAUAACCGAAUUGCGGAGGAGAAAGCGAAAGAAUUGAAGACUCUGAACAAGAGUAUGUUCGCUGUCCAUGUUGCCAACCCUUUCACAGCAAAGUCGAGAAAGGCUCAACGAGAUGAUGAUAUUAUCAACAAGCAUAGAUCAGAACGUGAUCAGCGUGAGGAAACUAGAAAUGCAGCUUUCGCAUCUUCUCAGAGAAUGGAGGCAAAUUUCAGAGAUCUUCAGCCAGGAGAUGUAGGAUACCGAGCAACAGCAACCAAGGCUAGUCUUGCAGAGAGAUCUAAAUAUCAAUUCGAAGCCGACUCUGAGGAUGACGAAAUGGAGAAUGAAAUUGACUCUAACUUGGAUGCUCUUGGUCAUGCUGCCGGUAGAUUGAACUUACUAGCAAAGGCUACCGGUCGUGAAGUUGAUGACCAGAACAAACACAUUGAGAGAAUUAUUGGCAAGAGCGACCGUGUCGACGAUCAAAUCGCCAUGAACAGAGCCAGAUUGGACCGCAUCCAUUAAAAUCCCAUCUCGUCCACAUGGACUUGUUAAUAGCGCAAUUGUCCAAAUUUACCGUAAUCUUUCCUUACCUUGGUCCAUACGUCAUAUUGCUAGUAGUUUCCGUCACACGAUCUUACCCGUAAUGAUAUACCUCUCGAGCGGGAAGCAACAUCUGAAUACCCCAAUCCAUCGCGCAUCAUGGACGAACACUCCGCACAUGUUCAACCAUGUAUACCCACCUAGCUAGUGAUAUUUCCGGGUGCAAGCAUAUCAUAUCAUUUAGUAUCAUAUUACAAUACAGGAGUUUUCGGUUGUAAACAUGGGUCUUGCUAGAUCUUUGAGGGGUGGAAUACCUUGUUUUUGUUUGUUUGUUUGUUAUGUUGUUGAUAUGUAUAGACGUCGAAUUUUCAAAUUAAACCCUUUUUUUUGGCAAGUGAU